UGUUUGCAUAGCUCAUACGCCACCUACUGCAAAAGCGAGCUGACAGCUCAUGCAAUGCUGGCAGCAUUUUCAUUCCAUCAUCGUGGCAGAACUGAAUACGGCUCUUUAUUAUUUUUCUUUGAAACCAAACAAGAACAAGGCCAGCUUGCUCUCGCAACACACUGUUGCUCAGAAUGGAGCGCAGAACCAACAGACGGGAGAAGGAGUGCGAUGACAAAUGCUACAAUUCAGAGGACAGAGAGCAAAGCUCAAACUGCAAAACGGCUCUGGUCACACUUAAUGUUGGCGGAUAUCUUUAUAUCACACAAAAGCAGACCUUGUCCAAGUACCCGGAUUCGUACCUUGAGGGGGUUGUGAACAGGAAAAUAUUCUGCCCCAUUGAUGCAGAUGGACACUACUUUAUAGACAGGGAUGGGCUACUGUUUAGGCAUGUGCUAAACUUUCUGCGGAACGGGGAACUCUUGUUACCUGAGGGCUUCCAGGAAAACCAGCUUCUGGUACAGGAGGCAGACUUUUUCAAGCUGAAAGCACUAAAUGAAGCUGUGAAAUCCAGGUGGGAGAAGGAACAGCAGGCAGCCAGGGAGACCACUUUCCUUGAAAUAACAGAUAACCAUGACCGGUCUCAAGGACUGCGAAUUUUCUGCAAUGCCCCUGACUUCAUAUCCAAAAUCAAAGCUCGUAUUGUCCUUGUUUCGAAGAGCAGGCUGGAUGGUUUUCCUGAAGAGUUUUGCAUUUCCUCCAACGUUAUCCAGUUUAAAUAUUUCAUCAAGUCGGAAAACGGGACGCGGCUGGUGCUUAAGGAAGACAACACCUUCGUCUGCACCUUAGAAACUCUCAAGUUUGAAGCCAUUAUGAUGGCACUCAAAUGUGGCUUCAGGUUGCUGACGAGUCUAGACUGCUCUAAAGGGUCAAUUGUGCAAAGUGAUGCCCUUCAUUUUAUCAAGUAAUUGCUCUAUUGCUAAAUAAAGGGAGUCAAAAGUGCAGCCAAGCUUCAUUAAACGGCAGCAGCAGCCUGGCAAGAC